AUGAAUGAAGCCUGUGACAAAAAACCCCCGAAAGAGAAUCCAAAGCAGUUUCUUCAAAGAAUGAAGAAUAGAAAUGUUUCUGUUUGUUUGAAGUGGGGACAAGUCUAUGAGGGAGUUCUUGUCACAUCAGACAAUUACUUCAACGUACUUCUGGACGAAUGUGUUGAGAAGGAAGGGGAAACAAGUACGAAAGUUGGAGAGGUUUCCAUCAGAUGCAACAACAUCAAAAGUAUAUCUGAGGGGUGA